CUAACUGUUUGUUCCGCCUCCAAAUUACACCGAGCCAUUUUUUGGUCUCGGCUUCUCCUCCCCAAAUCGAGCCGGCCACCGCUCUUCCUCCCCUCCUCCUCGUCGCCGCCCGGAUCCGGCUGCGCCUCCCCUAGUUCCUUCGGACCAGCGGUGAGCCGGCGGAGGUAGCGAGCGCUGUGGCGGCGGCGACGGCGGUAGGGUUGCGGUCCGGGAAUUGAUCCGGGGGAAGAAGAGGCGCGGGCAGCGGUGGCGCCUGGCAUGGCGGGGGCGCCCGGGGUGGGGCCGGGUGCGGAUGCGGGGGGCGGAGGCGGAGGCGGCGCCGCGGCGGGGCUCAAGACCUACUUCAAGACCCCCGAGGGGAGGUACAAGCUGCAGUACGAGAAGACGCACUCCGCCGUCCUGCACUACAGCCACGGCGGCAAGACCGUCUCGCAGUUGACAGUGGCAUACCUCAAGGAGAAGCCUGCUAGCCAGGGCUCUCAGCCAUCAACACCAAGCUCCAGCAGUGGGAUGCGCUCUGCGGCAGCAAGGUUGCUGGGCAGUGGGAAUGGUAGCAAGGCACUUAGCUUUGGUGGGGGCAACGGUGCAAACCGGGCUGUUGCUGGAAGCAGCCGUUUAGGAGGAGGCCUUGGUACAUCUACGAACCUUGGUGGAUCACAAGGGGUGACAAAUUAUGAUGGCAAGGGCACAUACAUUGUCUUCAAUGCUGCUGAUACACUAUUCAUUAGUGAUCUCAAUUCACAGGAGAAGGAUCCAAUAAAGUCCAUCCAUUUCAGCAACUCAAACCCACUGUGCCAUGCAUUCGACCCAGAGGCCAAAGAGGGGCAUGACCUGAUCAUUGGGAUGGGAUCAGGGGAUGUCUAUUCAAUGUCGCUGAGGCAACAGUUACAAGAUCCUGGAAGAAAGCCUGUGGCAGCUCAACAUUAUAAUAAGGGUGAUAAAGACAGCUCCUCCAAUGGCUGUCGGUGUACAUCUGUUGCGUGGGUGCCAGAGCGUGAAGGCAUUUUCGUCGUUAGCCAUUCUGAUGGAAAUUUGUAUGUUUAUGAUAAAAACAAGGAUGGGAACACAGACUGUACAUUUCCAGCCGUGAAGGAUCAAUCCCAGUUUAUGGUUGCACAUGCAAAGUCGAGUAAGAGCAACCCAAUUGCUAGAUGGCAUAUCUGUCAAGGUUCGAUCAAUGCAAUUUCCUUUUCACCAGAUGGCGCAUACCUGGCGACUGUUGGGAGAGAUGGUUAUUUGAGAGUUUUUGAUUUUUCAAAGGAACAACUAAUAUUUGGUGGAAGAAGUUAUUAUGGUGCACUGCUGUGUUGCACUUGGAGCUCAGAUGGAAAAUAUCUAUUAACAGGUGGUGAAGAUGAUCUUGUGCAGGUAUGGAGCAUGGAUGACAGAAAGAUCGUUGCAUGGGGUGAAGGACAUAAUUCCUGGGUUAGUGGAGUUGCUUUUGAUUCAUAUUGGUCCCCACCAAGUUCUGAUGGAAGUGGAGAAAAUGUCUAUCGCUUUGGUUCUGUUGGUCAGGACACCCAACUGCUUCUGUGGGACCUGGCACUUGAUGAGAUUGUUGUCCCACUACGUCAUCCUUCAAGUGCCUCACCGACAUUUAGCGGUGGGAGUCCGUCUGCACAUUGGGACAACGCUUGCCCUCCAACAGGUGUUCUCCAGCCUUCUCCAAGGAUGCGAGAUGUCCCGAAGCUAUCACCACUUGUUGCCCACCGAGUACAUGCCGAUCCCCUCUCCGGUCUGGUGUUCACUAAUGAAUCAAUCCUCACCAUCUGUCGUGAGGGCCUCAUCAAAAUCUGGGCCAGACCGGACCAGAGUGAAAACAACCAGCAAUCAAAUUCUUCUGAAUUCGUUUUAGGUAGCCCUGUUCCAAAGGAUAGGGUGAUCACAUCUUCUAAUAAAGUAGGUGGCUCCAGCUUCAAGAAACCAUCGUCUGUUCUUGUCACAUGACGAACCGACAGGAUGUUCCUUGUGGGCAUUUUUCGACAUGAUGUUCAUUGUGGGCGUUUUCCUCUGCUUACCCUGAUCACUGUGGUGGUCAUGUUUCUUACCAGCACCGUGUUUGAGGGGGAAACUGAAGUUCUCGAAAGAAGGCCGCCGUUGGAGGAAAACAUUUGUUCAUAGAUGUUCCCGGGCUUACAGAAAUGCUAGCGUUGCCAGUUGUGGCGCAAAAGAAUAAUGGAAUAUGCUCUUGUACAGAUACAUAUAUUUAAUGAUAAAAUUGUAUAAAUGUAUUGUGUGUUCCAUAUAAUUCAGUAACUACCAAAAGAUGAUGGGAUGCCAUGUAUCCAUUAGCUGGUGGUUUGGUGGUAUCCUUCCUAAGGUCUAUCACUUUUUAGGAGACCUGUAAAUUAUGAAGUAUGAACCAUAUUAUUUAAAGAAUGUUUCGGUCUCUCUUCGUGUAUUA